AUGGGCUCGGUGGGCAGCCAGCAACUCCAGGAGCCCAGCAUGGCGAGCACGCCGCACAGGAGCGUGGUGACAAGCUUCAGCUUCGACAGCGGCCAGCUGGCGGAGGUGGUGGCAGGGGUAGCCCAGGCCCAGGGCAGUAGGGCCAGGGGCAUCCCGCUUUUCACGGACUCUGAGUUGGAGGAGCCGGUGCCUGACGACCGCUACCGCGCCGUCUACUUUGCAACGCUCCUGGCUGGCGUGGGCUUCCUGCUGCCGUACAAUAGCUUCAUCACCGACGUGGACUACCUGCACCACAGGUACCCAGGGACCUCGAUUGUGUUUGACAUGAGCCUCACCUACAUCCUGGUGGCGCUGGUGGCUGUGCUCCUGAACAACGCGCUGGUGGAGAGACUGAGCCUGCACACGAGGAUCACUGCCGGCUACCUCUUAGCCUUGGGCCCCCUCCUGUUCAUCAGCAUCUGCGACGUGUGGCUGCAGCUCUUCUCUCGUGACCAGGCUUAUGCCAUCAACCUGGCUGCGGUGGGCACCGUGGCCUUCGGCUGCACAGUGCAGCAAUCCAGCUUCUAUGGGUACACGGGGAUGCUGCCCAAGAGGUACACGCAGGGGGUGAUGACGGGGGAGAGCACGGCGGGCGUGAUGGUUUCCCUGAGCCGCAUCCUCACGAAGCUGCUGCUGCCCGACGAGCGGGCCGGCACCCUCAUCUUCUUCCUGGUCUCCGCGGGCCUGGAGCUGAUCUGCUUCCUGCUGCACCUGCUGGUGCGGGGCAGCCGCUUCGUGCUCUACCACACGGCGCGGCCCCGCCCCGGCCACAGGGCCGGCUACCGCGUGCACCACGACGUGGCCGCCGAGGACGUGCACUUUGAGCACCAGGGCCCAGGCCUGGCCAACGGCGGGUCCCCGAAGGACAGCCCAGCCCACGAGGUGACCGGCGGCGGGGGAGCUUACACGCGCUUUGAUGUGCCUCGGCCGAGAAUCAGGCGCAGCUGGCCCUCCUUCCGAGCCCUGCUGCUGCACCGCUACGUGGUGGCCCGCGUCAUCUGGGCGGACAUGCUGUCCAUUGCCGUGACCUACUUCAUCACGCUGUGCCUGUUUCCGGGUCUCGAGUCCGAGAUCCACCACUGCAUCCUGGGCGAGUGGCUGCCCAUUCUCAUCAUGGCCGUGUUCAACCUCUCUGACUUCGUGGGCAAGAUCCUGGCGGCGCUGCCCAUGGACUGGCAGGGCACCCACUUGCUGGCCUGCUCCUGCCUCCGUGUGGUCUUCAUCCCCCUCUUCAUCCUGUGCGUCUACCCCAGCAGCACGCCCGCGCUCCGCCACCCGGCCUGGCCCUGCAUCCUCUCUCUACUCAUGGGCAUCAGCAACGGCUACUUUGGCAGCGUGCCCAUGAUCCUGGCGGCGGGCAAAGUGAGCCCCAAGCAGCGGGAGCUAGCAGGGAACACCAUGACCGUGUCCUACAUGACGGGGCUGACGCUGGGCUCGGCCGUGGCCUACUGCACCUACAGCCUCACACGGGACUCCCAUGGCACCUGCCCCGACCGCUCCGCCGCCAACGCUUCCUUCCCCGCUGGCCUCUGA